AUGGAUCAGCCUGGCUCUCUUGAGGACUUAGAAACUGCCGGUAGUGCCUUCAGGCUUCUGUCAGAGGCCCCAGACGCGAGUGUGUGUUCUGUCGACGCAGAGCAAACUUUGCAAGAUGAUCUUGUCCCCUGGAACCCGAAUCCUGAUUUCUCAAGCGACAGGGAGUGCAUCAGCUCACAUCGGGAGCCAUCCGAGCUUGCAGUAGAGUCAGAGCUUGCUGAUGCCUUCUUUGAAGGUGGUAUUGGCUUGAGUUCUGAAUCGGUGCCCGUGCUUCCUGCGGUACUCAGUGGCAUCGAGCAUAACCCGCAAGGUUAUAGGAACCUCUUGCGCUCGUCGCACCUUGGCCUUCGUGAUGAGCUUCCGAAGUUUCCUUGGGAUGAAGGAUUUUGGAGCGACUUCUUCAAGCCUGUUGUGACGACUGACGACCUCUUGUCUUUUCCCAGGUUUGAUAGGUUAAGCCCUCCGGUGGAGUUCCUGCAAGAGGCUUUAGAGGCGGAUGAGCUGCCUGGGCCUAAACGCGCUCGCAAAGCUGUUACAGUCACCUUCGAGCGAGUUGUGUUAAAUCGUGCCGUGAUCUCCUGGAGAGAUCAGCGAGAAGCCGACUUGAGCAGAGCGCUUAUCAAGUGGUGUAGAGUUUUUGCAAGCUGGGACAGUGAAUCUUCCCCUGUCACCCGUCAGCUUCAGGAAGCCGCCUCGCCUGAGGCCUGUCAUGACCUCCUGGGAGAUUAUUUGGCCCGCAAAGCUCCCAGUACAUGUCUCAAGCGUGCAAAUAGCAUGUUGAUGUUGGGCAAGUCUGUAGCUUCCGAAGGCUUGACAAUGCCCAUGCAGGAGCCUUCUCUUUACUCGAUUUUGAGAGAUUGCAAAACCGGUGGUGCACCCUUGUCAGCUUUGCGAGGCAUCAUGGAGGCGAUCACUUUCGUGCACUUUACAUUUGACAUUUCGACUUUGCAUGCCAGUGUCAAGAGCAAGAGGUGUUGGGGCCUGUCCUCAGCCAAGCAAGCCACUCUUGCCUCUAAGGCAGACCCUUUCACAGUUGAAGAAAUACUUGAGAUGCAUCGAAUACUUUACGAAGGGGAUGAUCUCUGGGAUCGUCUCAUGUGUGGAGUGUCCCUCUACUGCAUCUACGCCAGGUGUCGAUGGAGCGACUUCCAACAUGUUGACUCGCUCUCUCUGGAGUGCAACGACCAGGGCUUUGCAGAGUUCGGCUCAGCUUUCAUCGAUGUGCAGAAGACAAUGAACUUCUCCUCAAAACUUCCGAAGUGUCUUGAGCUAGUCGCGGUAGGCCGAGGCCUCGAUGGCAAAGAUUGGCUCUGUGUGUUCAUGGAGGUUCGAAAGGCUUUAGGCGUCGAGUACAACAAAGGGUACCCAAGCAUGCCCGCCCCCGACAAAUCUGGCGCCCCGACGGUCAGGGCUUUGGGAUCUGACGAAGCAGGUGCGUGGCUCCGAGAGCUUUUGCCUGGGCGUGAAGGCCGGCGCACCACCUCCCACAGCUUGAAAGCCACUCUGUUGUCUUUUGCAGCUAAGAGAGGGUUAGCUCACACUGACCGGCUGGCCUUAGGCGGGCAUUUCCAUGGGGCUCACAUGGCUGAUGUAUAUGCGCGGGAUGCCUUAGCACGCCCAUUGCGACUUCUGGCGGGCAUGCUGUCUGAGAUCAGGCUAGGAAAGUUUGCACCAGAUGCUGGCAGGGCUGCUCGUUUUCCUGGGCGCACCAAUGAGGAAUUGAUAGGUGCCGAGCUGCCCACAGGUGUCGCCCAUGCUGCUCCCACUGAGCCUCAGCCGCUAGAUGAAGUCCAUCUUGGCAGGAGCAAUGGCGACAGCAGCGCUAGGGGUCUUGAAAGCUUCUCUCAGUGGGAUCUUGUCUCCUUGGGGGCACCGUCACAUGCACCGAAGGCCGUGAAGUCGGAGGCGUGCAUUUCCCAUGCGGGAGGUGAAGUCAUGAGUGUCAAAUCGGACGGAACAGAACCUCCGAGUCCCGAUUUUUCUGAGGGUGUUGGCGACCUGAGCCUCAUGCCUGAUCGAGCGCCGCAGGGAUCUUUUGAGAUAGUUCCGGAAGACAUCUCCGAAGUCAAUCCCGAUGACGGUGUCUCCUCUGACGGAGACACGUCGUCGGAAGGCUCCUCAUCCGAGUCGUCUGAUUCUUCUGAGGGAGAAAAUCCGGGGCCCAGGCUGAUGCCCCCGCCUUCGCCUCCUGAAGGUACCUUCUUCAUGCAGCAUCGCAAGCUCAAAACUCUGCAUUUGUUGUUGACCGGGCACCGCAGCUUCACGCUGUGCGGAAGACCGUUGCAAACUGGCGACAGCCCCUUCAUCGAGCCUGGCCGGCUGAGGUACGAUACCCCAGUGUGCAAGCAGUGCAAGAGAUCCCUAGCUAACCCUGGGCGCGACUGA